CAUCUCAGGCAGCCAUGGGGAACUGGGUGGAGAAUGAAGGACUGUCCAUCUUCGUCGUUCUUGUGUGGCUGGGCUUAAAUGUCUUCCUCUUUUGGUGGUAUUAUCUUGUGUAUGAUGUCCCACCAAAAUUCUUCUACACCAGAGUGCUCCUUGGCCGUGCUCUGGCUCUUGCUAGGGCCCCUGCAGCCUGCCUGAAUUUCAAUUGCAUGCUGAUUCUGCUGCCAGUGUGUCGAAACUUGCUCUCCUUCCUCAGAGGAUCAAGUGCGUGCUGCUCUACCCGGAUCAGGCGACAGCUGGACAGAAACCUCACCUUUCACAAAAUGGUGGCCUGGAUGAUCGCCCUUCACACUGCAAUUCACACCAUUGCACACUUAUUCAACGUGGAGUGGAGCGUGCAAGCCCGUGUUGAAGAGAAAGGCACCCUGGCAGCUGUGCUUUCUGUCCUUGGGGACAAACCAAAGGAAAGCUAUGUCAACUUCUACAGGCAAACCAUUGCUAAUCCUGUUGGGGGCCUCUAUGUGGCUUUCACAUACUUGGCUGGCAUCACUGGGGUUGUCAUCACACUGGCCCUCAUCCUCAUCAUCACCUCAUCCACCAAAACCAUCCGGAGGUCAUAUUUUGAAGUAUUUUGGUACACCCACCAUCUCUUUGUCAUCUUCUUUAUUGGCCUUGUCAUCCACGGUGCUGGUCGUAUUGUACGGGGACAGACAGCUGAAAGCCUGGCUGAACACAACCCAGAGAUUUGCUACAAGAACUUCACUCUCUGGGGCAAGACUGAGGCUUGUCCAAUCCCCCAGUUUUCAGGGAAUCCUCCUAUGACAUGGAAGUGGGUGGUGGGUCCCAUGUUCCUGUACCUGUGUGAGCGGCUGGUGCGGUUUUGGAGGUCACAGCAGAAGGUUGUUAUCACAAAGGUGGUCAUUCAUCCCUUCAAGACAAUUGAGCUCCAGAUGAUGAAAAAAGGCUUCAAGAUGGAGGUUGGACAAUACAUUUUUGUCAAAUGUCCAGCAGUGUCUAAACUGGAAUGGCAUCCAUUUACACUGACUUCUGCCCCAGAAGAGGAUUACUUCAGCAUUCACGUCCGAAUCGUAGGAGACUGGACAGAGGGCUUGUUCAAUGCCUGUGGCUGUGAUAAACAAGAAUUCCAGGAGGCAUGGAAGUUGCCCAAAAUAGCUGUGGAUGGCCCCUUUGGAACAGCAAGUGAGGACGUGUUCAGUUAUGAAACUGUGAUGCUGGUUGGAGCUGGAAUAGGGGUCACCCCCUUUGCAUCUGUCCUCAAGUCUGUCUGGUACAAAUACUGCCAUGAUGCCACCAACCUAAAGCUCAAGAAGAUUUAUUUUUACUGGCUUUGCAGGGACACUCAUGCCUUUGAAUGGUUUGCUGACCUCUUGCAAUCUCUGGAGGCUCAAAUGCAGGAGAGGAAUAAUGCAGAGUUUCUGAGCUACAACAUCUACCUUACAGGCUGGGAUGAAACUCAGGCCACUCACUUUGCAGUGCAUCAUGAAGAAGAGAAAGAUGUGAUUACAGGACUGAAACAGAAAACCUUGUAUGGAAGACCUAACUGGGAAAAUGAGUUCAAAACAAUUGCGGGGAAGCAUCCUGGCUCCAGAAUAGGUGUUUUCCUCUGUGGCCCUGAGGGCCUGGCUGACACCCUCAACAAGCAGAGCAUCAGCAACUCAGAAGCUGAUCCACGAGGAGUACACUUCAUUUUUAACAAAGAAAAUUUCUAACUCUGAAGCAAGUGGGAGUCAUUAAAAGCAAAGUCUAAAGACUGAAUCUAUUUUUCUGUUUGGAGUCUGGGAAGGACAGCCCAGCUUCUAAAUUUCAGCUACACUAACACAGGUCCCUUUGCUUCUUGGGAAUGAUUUUGGCUCUGUGGUAGAAUAAAAGAGUCCAGUUUUACCUUA